UGCCCAUGUAUCAAAGGUACGUUACAAAAAGGUCCUAAAACACGACACGAUUAGGGCGUCGUGUAUUGGUGGUGUGCGUUUAAGAGUUUUGCAUAACAAAAUUUCAGAGUUUUGCAAAACAAAAUACGGUUCUCGGCUCGAAAAUUCCGAAAAAGAUAUCACCAUAGCUCUGUUACAGACUGUGCAGACUGCUCUCAUAAUGAAUUGUUUCAUUCAGAUGCUGAAACAUGUUUGAAUCUGUCCACUUCCAUCGCAUUCAACCAGACCCUUUCUUCAUGGCGGCGACCCCGGUAUGCUCCUUUUUGCUGCUGGCGAGCUACCUUGUAUGCUCUGCUCUCGGUUGUUCCGACGAAACCAACGACCAGCGGUUGCCUGGUGAAGAMGACGAGCACGUCGCUCAACACAACCAAGACGAACAAGAGGGACAACUUAUUGACGAGGCGAGCGAGGUUGGACACGAAAAUGACGAACUCAUUGACGAUGGAAGCGAGGCUGGACACGAAGACGAACAAGAGUCAGUACUCACUUACGAACUGAUCGAAGAAGACGAACAAGUCGGAGAAUUCGCGGAGGCUGAAAUGAUCGAGGCUGGAUACGAAGAAGACGAACCAGUGGCAAUCGAGGUCAACGAAGACGAACAAUUUGAACUGCCCGAUUAUGUCCAGGGCUUGGCGGAGGCUGUUCUACUCGACUAGCCUUUCUGGAAUGGUAGAAGUURUGCAUUAACUAGAAUGAAUUUUAUUCUAGYUU